ACAGAGGAGGGAAUUAUUUCAGCCUGUCGGAGUCGAUCCAGAUCUGACUGUUCAUGAGCAAAAAAUGGUGAAAAUGGGACAUUUUUCCUGUUACUAUUAGUUAUCAAAAAUGUAUCUGAUCUAAUCAAGAUCCUUGUGGAUCGGCAGGCUUGGAGUGCGAGGCGUGAUCUGAAAGAAAAACCUGGAGUGUCAGAUGACAGCCACGUAUCCAUGAAGCCUAAAACACCCAGAACAGAGUUAUUAUACUUCCUCAUCAUUCUAGUCAGCUUCCAGAGAGGAUUCAGUUUAAGUUUGAUUCUUUAAUUUAUUUAUUGAGGGUAUUUGUCAGACGUCAGGUUUCAGAAGUUCAGAGUCAACAUCUGCUCCACAAAAACUCAAACUGGAGACGUUUUCUCUGCAUUUUAUUUGAUUGUAGUUCGUUUUUCAAGCACAUCUUAUUGUUUCAGAUUUUUAAAUCUUUAUUUGGUUUUCCAGUUGUCUUUUUCUAUAAAGAUGACGUAGGUUCAGAUAUAACCGAUUAUGUGGAAAAAGUUAAACAGAAUGAAAUCCAUCUCUAGGAUAUCUGUAGGACUACACGUGGAGCUCAGCGGUCGUUUUUUUAGCCUAGUUUUAGUUCACUGGAGCAGCGUCGACCCAGAACUCUGUUUAAUUUUCAGAGAUAUUUAUGAAUAUCGAUGAAGAAUCCACCGACUGUCAAACUGUUCACUCUCAGAGAAUUUCACAGAGUUUUUUAGAAAACAGGAAACCAGCUGCUUUAGAGGAAAAAGAAACGAUUCUCCCCCCUCUAAACAGAGCUGCUGCUGCCCCACUAUCAGCCCCCUGUUAUUAAACCCACGGCGGUCACGCCUCCUUCCUGCAGGUCAUCAUUGAUCUGAACUCCAGGUGGAUCAGAUAAGUGCAGGUCGAACCCCAGGUCACAGAGCCAGCCCUCCUGCGGGGACAAAGACCACUCUGUGGGUCCCCCCUGUCAGGACCCCACCUGUGCUAAAGCCUGAAAUACCUGCAUGGAAAAAAAACCAUGAUAAGCUCCUGCUCAGGUAUCACCUGAUAGCCAAUAAGAGCUGACCUGAACAGGAUAAAGGUACCCCCCACCCCCCAGCCCCAGAGAGAUAAACAGUUUUUGGAGCUCAGAGUUUAUUCUGUUAGACAACAAGCAUUAAAAAGGGUUCCUGCCCACCGAGGUGCGUCUCACUCCUGAACGUGGCACCGAGUUUAAUGCUCACUGAACAAACCAGAAAUCCCACAAAUAAGGUACGAGUCAUGUUCCUGAUGUAUAUGUUUCUGCUGUCUGCUCUUCCAAACGCGCUUCCUGCCGGCUCCAUCUUCUGUCCGGACCCGGAGGCAUAUCACAUGACUGAUUGUCUCGGGUUGCGCUUCACCUGGAUACACUCGGUCUUCGAUAACUUCCCCUCCAUGCUGAGCUUUGUGUCGAAGCUGCACUGUGCGACGGGGAUUUGCCCAUGUGACCUGGAAGAUUAUGGCUGCUCCUGCAGAUAUGUGGCAGCUGGAAACCCCGUGGAUGCUCUGGACGUUUGCUGCGAGGCUCACCGGCUGUGUUACCAGAACGCUGCCCCCUGCAGGCAGGAGCUGCCGCUUGCCCCGUACAACUUCAGCUGUGCGGCAGCUGCAAACACCAGCUGUGAUGCUGCUGAUUUGUGCCAGCAGAGGUUCUGUGAAUGUGACCGGGCCGCCAUCGACUGCAUGACUCAGAGCCCGUACAACUCAUCGCUGAGAGGCCUCGCCCACACGUCCUGCUCAGCUACAAAUCAAACAGUUUGGCAAAAUGGGACCAAAUCCAUGACUCGUGCUGUGGAGGACGAGGAGGAGAGUGGAUCAAAAUCACUGAUCAAUACAGAUGUUCUCCCAGCAGAAAACACCUCAGAAAGCUUUAAUUUCUCCAGCUCGUCCUUCCUGCCAGCAGGGAUGGACCCACCAACAACAGGCAGGGUGGAUAACCAGAGUGACACCGAGGCCAUGGAGUACAACCUCAGCACUCCAGCGCCGCUGAUGCCUGCUGAGGAGCUUGAGGAAGGUGCAGGAGGUGCAGCAGAGGUGGAAGAGGCAGAGAUGACACACCUGAGUUAUAUCUCUAAAGAUCUGAAUGAGAGCGCCGCAGAGGAAGCACUCGAGCAGGAAGAGAUAAAUGGGGAUCAGAUGACCCACAAUCCUCCAGCAAUCAGCCGGGAUUCAGGUUUGCGCGUUCAUGGCGAAGAGACGCCAACUGAAGCAGAAUCCGAGCUGACUUCUUCACUGAGCUCCGCCACUGAAAACGCACAGGUGAAUCAAACGGGAGCAUCAGCGCCGCUCGGUCACAUUUUACCAUCGACUCCUCCCACUCCUCCUACAACUCCCAGAGAGCUGACAUCAGCAGCCGUGGAAGAAUCAGCCGAGACAGGUUUAAUCUUAGCCUCAACAACAACCACCACGAGUCCCUCUGAGUCAUCUGAGGAGGAAGGAAAUGGGAAAGAGGAGGAGGACAAUGAAGAGGAGCAAGAGUCUGGUGAGCACUUCUUUGAUGUGCUCAAAACUACAACAAUGACAACAGCAGCAACACCGUCAGCCCCAAGGAAAACUCCUCACACAGGCCCACAGAUCACAACCAGAGUCACAACACAGGCCUCAACCAGCAGCUCGCUCCCACAAACCAAACCAGCGAGAACCACCACCCCUCCUGACGACUCAUCAGAGGAAGAUGCCACACCUCCUCUUCCUCUUCCUCCUGCUGCUGCUUUCAGUCUUCAGAGUCAAGGUGAAACGCUCCCAACAUCUGCAUCAACCACAUCAUCAGCGGCUACAGUGAGAACCAUCGCAGAGACGACACAGAGGAGACCGGCCACCUCCGUCACACCGCGGUGGGAGGUCCACACCCGAAGCACAACAGCAGCGGUUUUAAAACCUCCGCCACACUCCACCGCCGAGGCUGGAUCCGAGGAAAAGACCGGAACAAUGACGGUCAAACCUCAGAGUGUGGAAGGAGGAGAGGAGGACGACUCGCGGGAGAAAGACUCGGACGACUGGUUCGCUCCUCAGAGGAGGGCGGUGCCGUUCUUCGCCUGGUCCCUGCUGGAAUCUGUUGGGCUGACUGACAUAGACCUGCAGCCAGACACCAAAGAAUGCAGUCGCUCCUUCAGCGUGUACGCCAGCGACGGUCAGUCCAGGCGGGAGAUGCCGGCGCUGGGGGAGAUGCUCCACUGCCUGACGGGACGCUGCCCACACGAGUACGAGAUGUACGGCUGCUACUGUGGACAGGAGGGCGGCGGUCAGCCUCUGGAUCAGCUGGACAGGUGCUGCUUCUUCCAUCAUUGCUGCCUGAAGCAGAUCAGCUCGAUGGGCUGCAGGCCGGAGAGGAAGCUCAACGCUCAGAUCUCCUGUGAGAACGCGAAACCACGAUGUCAGGGGGUCACUGUGUGCGACAAACUACAGUGUGUAUGCGACAAAACCACAGCAGAGUGCAUGGCGGCUGCACACUUUAACCACAGCCUGCCGGCGCCGCAGUGCCACGGGUCGACGCCCCCCUGCCGCCGAGCCAGCAGACCCCCCAAACCUCUGAGGGUCUCCCCCCAGUCCAGCGAGGAGUCGGACAUGGAGGUCGGGGACGCCAGCAGUGAGGAGGACACGGCUGCGAACACACCUCCACCUCUGCAACCUCCUCACAGCCAUGACAGCUCCCACCUGAAGGACGCCGACAAGUCGACUCCUUCUGCUGGAUCACCCGGAGGCCUGACACAUCCUCCUCCUCUCUCUCCCCCUCCUUCUCCUGCUGCCUCCAGUGAGGAGAGCGGGGAGCGACCGACACUCAGCGGGGUUCAAACCCAGAACCCGAGGCCGAGUGCAGGGCAGGGCCAGGGGCAGCAACCGGGAGACAGAGAGGAGGAGGAGGAGGAACAAGAGGGUGGAGAGGAGGAGGAGAAAGAUGGAAAAGAAGAAGAGGAAGAGGAGGAAACGGAGAAAGAGGAGGAGGAGGAAAAAUAGAAGCUAAAGAGUUCCUUCUCUGUGACAGUCGUGAUGUGAAGUCAUUUUGGGGCCUUGCUGUGUCACAAGCUGGACUCAACGUUUUCUGACAUCUUUGAUUCAAAAAAGAAGAAAAUCAGUUUAUUUACUUUGAUUUUUUUUAAACACAUGAAAUGAAUCUGUUGAAUAAAUGACGGCAAACACGCCUCUCUGGGAUCUUCCUCUGAUUGGUUCAGAGAGCCGACAGUAAUAAAGACACGACGACUCAACAGCUUUGAUAGAAACACUUUAAUCUCAAUGCACAUUUUUCUAUUUCAAUAGAGGCUUUGUAAUGAAGCGCUGAGGCUCUGCUGCUGCCGAGCUUCACAGAAACAAUGUGCACUGAACGCUUUGUGAUUUUGUUCAGUCGAUGAAUCAAAAUGGAAAAUAAAACAUGAAACUACUUCCAGCUUCUUACGUUUCCUGCUUUUCUCUGUUCCACGUGAUUGGGAACUGAGAUUCGGAUGUUUCAGGAAGUCCCUUUGAAUUUCUAAGACCAAAUUAAUCAAACGUGACAAGAUAAUCUAAACUCACAUACUUCCUGACUCACUGGAGCUUUGUGCAAACAGCAAAUCCAGGUUUGGGAAAAGUGCAGUUCCUCUUAUGUCCACUUGAGGCUCCAGAAGCAGCUGAGGUCACGUAGCUGUAGUUUUGUCAUUGAGAUGAAAAGUUGAAA